UCUGGUAUGUCAGAGCCUGGCUGGGCGGAGUUUGUUUUAACGUGAGCUGUUGAGGGCUGUGUGUAACUAGUUAUGGCUCCUAGGGAAGCUGCUCCCGCAGAGCGGGGAUCGGUGAUGGAAGGGAUUCGUGCCAUUUUGCUAGGGCCACCAGGGGCCGGGAAGGGGACGCAGGCUCCAAAGCUGGCAGAGAAGUACUGUGUGUGCCACCUUGCUACAGGGGAUAUGUUGAGGGCAAUGGUGGCUUCAGGCUCAGAACUGGGCAAGCGUUUAAAGACCACAAUGGAUGCAGGCAAACUGGUCAGUGAUGAGAUGGUGGUGGAGCUAAUUGAGAAGAAUCUGGAUACUCCCCCCUGUAAGAGAGGAUUUCUUUUGGAUGGAUUUCCCCGCACUGUGAAACAAGCAGAAAUGCUGGAUGAGCUUCUGGAAAAGCGUCAAGAGAAGUUGGAUUCUGUGAUAGAAUUUAAAGUGGAUGAUUCUUUGCUCGUGCGCAGGAUAUGUGGCAGGCUUAUACAUGCAUCAAGUGGGCGUUCCUACCAUGAGGAAUUCCAUCCUCCCAAGGAACCAAUGAAAGAUGAUGUGACCGGAGAGCCUCUUAUUCGACGUUCUGAUGACAAUGAAUCAACACUGAAGUCUCGGCUGGAAGCGUAUCACACAAUGACCUCUCCAUUGGUGGAAUAUUACCAACGCCACGGCAUUCACACAGCAGUUGAUGCAGCUCAGUCUCCGGAUGUUGUGUUUGCCAGUAUACUGGCAGCAUUCUCCAAAGCUCGCUCACAUUGAGUCCCAGUCCUCCCAGAAACUGUGCUCCCGAAGGCCCCAAGAGUCGCGCAAAGGUGUAUGUUUGAGUAGUGUACAUUUCUUUACUCGGAAUUGCUGGUGUAAACUAAGGACCCUUACUGCUGGUGCUACACUGUCCCUGCACAUUGAGCCCAACUAACAAUUGGUUCUCAAUCCUUUUUACCGAUCUAUGAACUUGCAAAUAUAUGUAUGGUGCUGGUUUAGAUCUAAGAGAAUGAGAUCCCUUGGAAAUCUGGACAUCUUAAAUUUUCCCAGUCUGAAUUUCGGCUUUAACAAGAUGCGUCAAACUACUUUGGUAACGGGAAAACCACCUUAUAACUUGAACAGCUACAAAGUAAAACAAUGAAAUAACCACUGUGUUCUGAAUUAUAUGGUGCUGGAUUCAUGUACCCUUAGCAUUCAGGACAGUGCCUUAUGUAUUCACCAAAGCAAUAAAAGGUUUGUGUUUGA